CUUGUAUGGCAGAUUCUACCCAGUGAAAUCUUGCCUGCUAUAUCAAGGAGGGUGCAUCUCUUAUGCCUCUAAAUGACCUUGGUCAUUUAUAUUUAUAUUACACUCCCUUGAUGUUUUACAGGAUGUCUCUAUGGAUACAGGAAUAAACAGAAGAUAAUAGCCCUACAGUCUUUAAAGCAGCAUUUCAUUCUACAGCCCAGGAGGGGAGAGGAGGCGUCUAUAGCAGAGCACAGGCAAACAGGAGGUACUCUCUCCAGCUUGUUAAUAUCCUUCUUAAGGACUGGAGACCAAGAGCUAAUCAUAAAGGCAAGGAAUAUUCAGCAUUUUUCAGAGAAAGACCAUGGCUGAAAAUUCGGAUCUCACCUCUCUGGAAGAAAGUUUUCGCAAGUUUGCCAUCUAUGGUGAUACCAAGGCAACAGGCCAAGAAAUGACUGGAAAAAACUGGGCAAAACUAUGUAAAGAUUGCAAAGUCAUCGAUGGAAAAUCUGUUACUGGCACUGAUGUGGACAUUGUAUUCUCCAAAGUAAAAGGAAAAUCAGCCAGAGUGAUCACCUGUGAAGAGUUUAAAAAGGCACUAGAGGAGUUGUCUGGCAAGAGGUUUAAAGGGAAGAGUAAGGAAGAGGCCUAUGAGGCUAUCUGCAAGCUUGUGGUUGGGAAGGAACCUGUUAGCGCUGGUAUAACGAAACCUGCAGCUACUGGAGCAGUGGACCGUUUAACAGACACCUCAAAAUAUACUGGGUCCCACAAGGAGCGCUUCGAUGAGAGUGGCAAAGGGAAAGGAAAGGGUGGCCGGGAAACAAUAGUGGAGAACACAGGAUAUGUGAGCUCCUACAAACUUGCUGGCACUUAUGAUGCUAAAGUGAAGAAAUAAAGUGCAUAAUGGAGUAUUUGCAUAUAAGUUAUUAACCUAUUCUCUGCCAGAAUGGCUAAUCAUGCCUUUGUGGCAUCUAUAGGGUUACAUUUAAAAAAUCAGUCCUUCAUAGCACCCAGUUAACACGAGUUAAAGGUGAUGAUUUAUCCAGUGGUAUUAUUCUUCACCUCAUCUUUUUAGUGCUCGCCAGGAUCCAAGUUUUUUUGUAAACACACAUAUAUAUAUUAUAAAAUAUUUUUUAAAGGAAUGUAAUGAGUUUGUGUUAGGAAUAUAAAUAUUUUUCAGUUCUAUUGAGUUGUUUACAUUUUUUGGGUGCUAUGCAGGACUGCUAUUGGCCUGUUCAGGGUGCUGGGAGUCAUUUGUUCAGAACAAAAAGCACUCUGUUCGUUUAAAUGUGCUAAGAAACAUCGGCCAGCCCCAAUAAUAAAGCUGAGUAUUUUGUUCUACCUACACUGUGGCACUUAUAGCUUGAUAGUCCUUAAUAAUGUUGUUUUAUGAUAUAUAGAUCAAACUGUGUCUUUACCCCUGAAGCCUAUAUUUAUCAGGAUGUUCAUAUAAAUAUAUAUAUAUAAAUGUAUCUUAUGGUUCCAAACAACUCCAGGUGCAAAUUUACCUUAACUUGCAUGAACACAAAGUGCUUGGUUAAAUCUGCAGCUUGAUUAAUAUUGAAUUUAAUAUUUCUAUGCAGCCUCAUGAACUAUGGACAAACAACUAUAAAAAUGUCAAACUAGGAUUAUCAUGGCACUGAUUUACAUAUUAUAAUCCUGGUGUUGGGUUUUUCUGUCUAGUUUCCCUUUAGAUCAUGACAAUAUUCCAGUAUUUUGCUAAAUUCACAUAGCUACAAUAAUACAACCCUAUUCAUUCUUUCCAACCCAAAUUCUGGGUCUUGCUAUGGUCAAAAUUAUUAGCAACCACUGUGUCCAUAAGGAUGGAUGCAACUGUUGUCAAUUGCUAUAAUUUUGUAAAGACAAGUUUUGUUAGAUUUUAGUAACCGGUUAUCAGGUUUAAGUAACAAAAAAUAUAUUAACAAAAAACCUAAGAUUGUAAAGAAAUGGAGCCCAGAUUAAGAUCCAAGCGCAUGCCUUUUGUCGAGAUGUAAAUGCAACCAUAAAAACAGCAGGACUGAGUAUUAUAUAGUGGCAACUGGCAAGUAUACCAAAAUGUUGAGCUAGACUAUGUAGUAAGUCUUGUCAUGUAUAUGUGGUGAUAACAGCGUUAUUUACUUUGAUCAUUACAUAAUGGGACAGUAACUAUGUAACUUUAUUUGUUAAGGGCAGCUCAGCUAUGUUACUGUGUGCACAAAUGCAAGAGGGAUCUUGAGAGUAUAUGUAAUAUGUAAUUGUCAAAUAGAUGACAUUGGAUUCCUAUUUUGGAGAGGCAUUCCUUUCUUUAGAUGUAAAUAUGUAGAAAUUUAAAUAAAGAAUUCUGUGGGUCAAAGUGUAUUUUUUAUAGUAAGUUUUUUCUGUGCCUGGGUAAAUGGCUUUGAACAUCUGCACUGCCCAGUGCUCUUAACUAACUUCUUGCACCUGUACACGCAAUAACUGGCAAAUCAUUAUUAAAAAAAAAAAUCACAAAUGAGAUAUAGAACACAAAUUAAAUAAGUUUACUAAUAGGUUUGAUGUGGCACAAUAAAGAAAUGCAUUUUAGCAGUUUUAUAAAAUCAGGACUGAACACUUAAGCUGUCACACAGAGGUACAGAAUACAGUAAUUCCAUGCCAAUCUUGUGGGGUUAUUAAAAUGUGUUAAAGGCAAUAUGGAGUAAGAAUGUAGGUAAUAAUGAUAUGAGACACCCAAAGAAAUACAGGUACAUGGUUGUAUUCACAGAAACAAUGGGGCCCUCAAUACUAUUUAACUACACCACAUAAAAUGAAAGCUCAAAAAGCAAUAGAAAAUGGAAAGAUGUAUGCUGAUAUGGGUUGGUGUGCUUAUAUAAAUUUAAUCUUUUCAUAAAAUGUUUUUUUUUAAAAAAAGAAUAAUGACCAAAUAAGUUAUUGGAUAAUGGAGAUACUAAUUGUUAAAUUUUGGCGAAAGUAAAAUACAUUUUUUUUCUUCACUUUUCCGUCUUUCAUCUUUUAAACAAAUGUCUUUGCUAAUGACAUUAUAAAAAAUAACCUCAACCGUAGUCAUCUGUAACUACAUCCAAAGUUUAAGUAUUCUACUGUAUAGAGAAUCACUACUGUUGAUUGGCAUUGUUGUGUUCAGUUCUGUAUUCAGUAUUAUAUGUUAAUAUACUGUGGCUUUAGUUGGAUUGUAUGCUUAAAGGCAAAUGAAGUGCAUGCUUUAUAGGAAUGUCCUAUUAGUUUUCCUACAAAGUGUAGAGAUUGUAACUGUUUCUUAAAAGAAACCACUUUGUGAUAUGCAUAAAAUAUUAUUUUAUUCACUGUUAAUAUGAUAUACACACUAGUUCUAUUAGCUGUAUCUGGGGAAGUUUUGGUCGUCAUGGAAUCAACCAGGUUGGUGUCACCAUGGUCAGUAGAAGGCACAGAAACAAAUCCUACUGGGUUCAAGACCAGAACUGUCAGGGGUUGCUGAGAGAGCUAGCACUUGUAUCCUGUAAAAUGUAAAUAACAAAUGUUUAAAUUAUUUAAUCUGUUUGGCAAGAUGGUUUCAUUUAAGGGAUAAUGUUACAAUACUUAAACUUUGGGGGGAAGAAUUUGUAUUACCUUUAAUAUAGUAACAUAUUCACUGUGUCCACAGCAUAGACGUUUAACCAUAGUGCAAGAAAGAAUGCGCUCAGGGUUUCAAAUAAUAAACCUGGUGUUCCAUACAGAUAGGGUCUUGGACAUGAGCUUAAAAUAAUACAAAUAAAGAUCAGUUUAAAGCAACUUAAAUUUCAUAGACUUAACAAAUCAAUAGCCUGCUCUAUUGCGCAUGUUUUUUUUCAAUAUUAAGUGCAAUUGAAUGUUAACACACCCAGUUAUCAACACCUCACCUCAACUCCUGCGGUCCUCACCUUCCAGCUAUCCCCUGUAUUAGAAGAGCUAAAGGCCCACUCACAUUUGUGCCUCCAAAAGUUACAUUAUACUUUUGUAUUGUUAGGUCACAUCAUAAAUUUUCUUUCAGACAAUGGCUGUGCCUUUUGACGCUCACAGUGUUAUCUUGUUACAUGGAAGCCAAUACAUUUAAUGUUACUGAGAAAUAGGCCUAAUCCUGGUUUAUUUCACACAAAUAUACAAUAACGUAACCAAAUAUGACCCUGGCCAGUUACCAACUUGCUGCCACUUUCCUACAGUGUUAUAUCUCGACCGUACCAUUUGUCCUCACAACAGGUAGAGUCUGACGUUCCUGUUAAUAGAACUUAAAGUUCUGCUACACACAGAUUUUGUUAUCUAAAAAUAAUCUAGCCAUCCAAAAUCCCUCAUGAGAUAAGGUACAAAUAAGAUACAUUACAGACAGAACUAAAGUGCAGCUUAACCACAGAAGUGACUUGGCUUGGGAAGUACUCUUAACCCCCUAAAUGCUGAGCUGAGCACAAGCUUACUAUUCUGGUUGUAUGUAACAGAACUCUCCCAUAAUAGCAAAUAGUUAAUGUGUACAAAAGAUCUGUUCUCAAUUUAAGUAUCUGAAAAUCUUUACUCUGCAAUAAAUCUAUCUUUUUAUAUA